AAAACUAUUUAAAAAAUGUGGCCAGAUAAAUUCAAUUUCCGGUAUUUCAAACAAACCAAAAACAACAACAACAAUAAUGAUGAUGAUGAUAAACAUAAAAAUCGAAAUCAAUUACGAGAUUAUAUUCUAAUAUUAUUGUUUGCAUCAUUAUUAUAUCUAAAUAGUUUGGAUGCUGAUUUUGCCUACGAUGAUAAUCGAGCCAUUCUAAACAAUCAAGAUAUUCUAUCAACAACACCUUGGUAUCAUUUAUUUAUCAAUGAUUUCUGGGGUACACCAAUCCGAUCUUCCAAUAGUCAUGGUAGUUAUCGACCAAUAACGGUUGUAUCAUUUCGUCUUAAUCAUAUGAUUCAUGGCCAUACACCAUUUGGAUUUCAUUUAGUUAAUCUUUUAUUACAUUUGAUUGUAACAUUAUUGUAUCAAAUAUUGAUUGAACGAUUGCUCAAUGGUCGCCGACGACGAAUUACAUUGAUUGCAUCAAUGUUAUUUGCAAGUCAUCCGAUUCAUGUAGAAUCGGUUACAAGUAUUGUUGGUCGUGCUGAUGUUGGUGCAGCAUUAUUCUAUCUAUUAGCAUUAUAUUUUUAUGUAAAAUUUGUUGAAUCAGAUGGCCAAAGACAAUGUAGAAAAUAUCUUUUCUAUACGAUUAUGAUGGCAACAUUUUCAAUGUUAACUAAAGAACAUGGAAUUACCUGUUUAUUAUUAUGUAUUAUUUAUCAUCUAUUUAUUGUUCAUCAUUUUUUUCCAUUUAAUCGUGAAAAUUGGAAAAAAAUAUUUUAUCAAUCCGAAUAUAGUCAAUUACGAUAUGGUUUUCUAACCAUAACAAUUUCAUUAAUCAUUUUGAUUAUAUUUCGUUUAUCAAUUCUACGAUAUCGGCCAACAUUUUCAUCGGCCGAUAAUCCAAUCAGUGAUAAUCCAUCUGUGAUGGUUCGAUUUUUAACAUUUUAUUAUUUACCCGUAUUUAAUUUUUGGCUACUUAUUUAUCCACGAUGGUUAAGUUUUGAUUGGUCUAUGGAAGCAAUACCAUUGAUUGUAUCAUGGUUUGAUUUUCGUAAUCUUUUUACAUUUAUUUUUUAUGCAAUAGUUAUUGAAUUUGUUCGACGAACUUUGUACUAUUAUUCCCUUGUAUCAUCAUCAUCAUCAAAAGCAUCAGAACUUUCUACUACAAAUAAUCGAAAACGAUCUAAUCAUUGUGUUCGUUGUGCUAAUUUUCAGAUCAAAAAUCGACAUCAACCAACACAAAUAUCAUUCGAAAUUGAUAACAAUAAUAAUGAUAUUGGUGCAAUAAAUUAUAAUCAUCAUCAUCAGCAAAAUAUACAUCAACCAUUCAUAUUUGAUUUGAAUAAUAAUGAUCCUCAAAUGAUUGAUCAAAAUGAACCAAUCGCCGAUAUGAACAAUAAUAACAGUAGUAAUAAUAAUAAUAAUAAUUUCGUACGAUCAUUACCAUUAUCGAAACAUUCUUCAAUUAUUCAAUCAAACGAUUCAAUAAAACAUGAAAUUCGACGAAGAAAAAUACUUGGUGAAAUUGAUUGUAUUGUAUUGUCAUUGGCAAUGAUGAUUAUUCCAUUUUUACCGGCAACAAAUCUUUUUUUCUACAUUGGAUUUGUUGUUGCCGAACGUAUACUUUAUAUUCCUAGUUUUGGAUUCUGUUUAUUUAUUGCUGUUUGUUUGGAAAAAUUUAUUCAAUAUGUUCGUCAAUAUCGUCCAAUCAAAUAUUUUCUUUACAUUUGUUAUCUAAUAUUGAUUAUUUCAUUCUCAAUUCGUACCAUAUUAAGAAAUAUUGAUUGGUUAACCGAAGAGAAUCUAUACCGUUCGGGCAUCAUUAUCAAUCCACCAAAAGCAUACGGAAAUCUAGCCAAUAUACUAAGCGAACAAGGUAGAAAUGAUGAAGCCGAACAAAUGUAUCGAAAAGCAUUACAAUAUCGAAUCAAUAUGGCGGAUGUUCAUUAUAAUCUCGGAUUAUUAUUGCAAAAUGAAAAACGAUUUAAUGAAGCGAUAGAAAGUUAUCAACAAGCAAUACGAUUUCGACCAAGAUUGGCAAUGGCUUAUCUGAAUUUAGGUGUUAUCUAUUCACGUCUGGGUAAUCAAGAUCGUGCUAAAGAUUUUUAUGAAAAAUGUUCACAAUUAGAUAAUUAUGGCCUUAAAGAUAUUCGUAAUCAUGAAAUCACGAGAAUUUCCGCACUUUAUAACCUUGGACAAAUAUAUUUUGAUGAAGAAAAUUAUGAUAAAUCAUUAGAAAUUUAUAGACGUGCAUUAUUUCAGAUUCCAUCCUAUUAUCAACCAUAUUCAUUAUUUAACAAAAUAGCUGAAGUUUAUAAUCGAUUAAAUCGUACAGCUGAUGCGGAAAUAUGGUUCCGGAAAUCAUUGAAUAUAAAACGUGAUCAUAUACCAUCAUAUCUAACAUAUGCACGGAUGUUGAUUAAAACAAAUCGAACAUAUGAAGCGGAACAAAUGUAUCGUAAAGCAAUGUUAAUUUCAUCCAAUGAUACUGCCAUCUAUCAUCAUUAUGGUCAAUUUAAAUUCAAUAAUGGUCAACUUAAAGAUGCUUUAGCAAUCUAUAUGAAAGGUUUUGAAUUAUUUCCCGACGAUUGUGAUAUUGUUAUCAAUUUGGCAAAUAUCUAUCGUGAAUUACAACAACCAAAAAAAGCGGAAAUCUAUUAUAAAUUGGCAACAAAAUUACGACCAAAUGAUUUGAUAACACAUUCAAAUCUAGGAGCUAUAUAUCAUUUGAAUGGAAAAUUUGAAUUAGCUAGACAAAGUUAUCAACGAGCAUUAGAACUAAAAUCCGAUGAUAAUAUAACAAAAAUUAAUUUAGAACGAUUAGAUCGAAUUAUACAAAAUAGUCAGGCUGCUGCCAAAUCAAUAUAGCCACUUUAGAUUGAUUAUUAGUAAGAUAAGAUAAGUUCCAAUAUUCAAAUUUUUUUUAAAAAUAAUUGAUUAAUUGUAAAUCUUCCAAAAAAAAUUAUUAUUUAA